UAUUUGGUUCAUGUAAAGUCGGUAUCACUACCUGAUAAAGAGGCAUUCAUGGCUUUCUUACUCGAUAAUUCUUUAGUGAAGUCUUAUCGGAUUUUCGCUUGCUGGGCAUUAUUUAUAAAGGAACGUUUUUGGAAAAUUGUUAAUAUAAAAUGUCUUAUUUUAAGCGUAUAAGGCAACCAAAAAUGACAACUCAAGCUCUCUUAGAAUUCGAUUUGGGAGAAAGUUCGUCAGAUAGUGAUUUCAGAAUAGAAGAUCAUGAUAGUGAAGAGGAAGAUCAAGACAGUAAUGAUGCAGUAAAUUCUUCCGACAAUAGCACGGAUGGUAAUGACAGUGAAUCGGAAGAUUUGUCCAAUGAACAUGAAAGUGAUAAUUUCACCGAAAAUCUAAAUAAAUCUUUAAUUGAUCAUGGCUCCGAACCACAACUCAAUGGUUUUAAAGAAAUAUCGAAAGUUCUGCAAAAACUAGACACUAAUAGAUAUAUAGAACCUAAAGUACCAAUAAAGCCUAUAUGUUGUGUUUGCUUGGGAGAUCGAAGUGAUGACUCAAAUGAGAUCAUUGAAUGCGAUGGGUGUGGAGUAUCUGUACAUGAAGGCUGUUACGGUGUGAAUGAUAAUGUAAGCAUCUCGAGCACUAAUUCUACAUGCUCAACAGAACCGUGGUUCUGUGAAGCUUGCCGUGCCGGUGUUUCGGAACCCAUUUGUGAACUAUGUCCAAACAAAGGUGGAAUAUACAAAGAAACGGAUGUCGGGAAGUGGGUACAUCUAAUUUGUGCCCUAUACAUUCCAGGAGUUGCUUUUGGUGAAGUUGACCAGCUCUCCUCUGUUACUUUAUUUGAAAUGCCCUAUAGUAAGUGGGGGGCAAAAGUUUGUACACUAUGUGAAAACUCACGUUUUGCCAGAACGGGUGUUUGUAUCGGAUGUGAUGCCGGCAUGUGCAAGACAUACUUUCACGUAACUUGUGCCCAGACUUCUGGUUUUCUAACCGAAGCACAUCAUGAAGAAGCUGAGGCGGCCGACCCUUUUUUUGCCCAUUGUAAAGUGCAUUCGGAGAAAGAAAUGAUGAAACGUCGUAAAAGAAAUUACCAUAACCUUCGCUUAAACAUGCAACAAAAGUUGAAUGAAAAAAUUAUAUUAAAGCAUGACGAUCCUUGUCCAGCACAAUUACGUAUACAUCGAAAACUCUUAAAGUACCAAGCUAAGUAUUCGAAUAACAAGAAAUUGAAGCCUGAUCCGUGGGUACCAACCCAAAAGAUGUCAAGGCUGUUAACAACUUCCGCCUCGGCAUGUAAGCGUUUAUUAGCCAAGGCCAAUAUAAUGGCGGUUGAUGUCGAACUACUUGAACGCCAAGAAGCGCAGAUUGCAGCAUUAUCAGAUAUUCGUAAAAAAUGGCACAUAGCUCCUGCAUUUAGUGUGGAAUUUAUUGGUUAUUACCUGGAUCGAAUUUCGCGCACAAAAGAGCUUAAAUCACAGCUUUCUGAAAUGAUGGAAAAUAAUUUUAACCUUUCUCGGGAGCAAGAUAUCCUUCGCACUACCUAUGACGCUAGAUUGGACAAGAAUAAAGAGUUGAAGUCUAAGCAGGAAUCUUUAAUAUUAAAAAUAUCUCAACUUCAUAAAGAAGUCAGCGUUAUGUGCCCAAACAAAAUAUUUCCUAAUCCAACUAAUAUCGGCCACGCCCAAUGCGAGUCUAAUAAAUCUGCGUCAACACCACCUAGUAGACCUAUUUCAGUUCCCACAGCUGCUGCUUUGAAAAUGGGAGUUGGAUUUCCCCUGGCACAUCUUGGCCCUCCAGGUACAAAAGUAGACUCGUCACGGUUGCUCAGCACCCAUGCCAAAUCUUCCCCCAUAGCUAGGGGAGGUGCUUCGUCAGCACCAACUACGCCCACGCUAAAUGUACAGACAUUUGAAUGUGGUAUAUGCAAACGUACUACCGAUCAGCAUUUAUUGGCCAAAUGCGACACUUGUCAAUUACACUAUCAUUUGAGUUGUUUGAAUCCGCCAUUGACACGCCAUCCAAAGAAGUCUAAACUUUACGGGUGGCAAUGUUCUGAAUGUGACAAAUCUGAAGAUUCUGAUGGUGUGUCUGAGAUUCCUAAAGGACCACGUAAGUCACGCACACGUUUUAAUAAGGAUGGUUCAAUUAUUGCUACACAUGUCCCCGAAACGGAAAGUGAUUCUGGACCACCAUCUAAGAGACGGUCAAUAGACAUUUCAACUCUUAAAAACCAGACAGCUAAGAAAAAACUCAAUAUUUCAGUUCCAACUACAAACGAAACUGAUAUAACUACGAAGACUCCACCCAAGAUAACUGGGUUACCGCCGUCAAUUUUGGGCAGAAAAAGUAAAUGCUACGUUCCUUUGCAAAAUAUAAAGAGAAAUCCUCAGUCUCCAGCACAACAACUGCAACCGUCAUCUUCGAAGAAGAGCACAACUCAACAAGCCCAUACCCUAAUUUCUGAUGAGCCUUUGCUUUUGGUAAUGCCGUCUGCUACAAUGCCUCGGGCAAUGGGUCUUAUUCAUACUCCUGAUCAUGAUCCCUUGGCGUUGCCAGUGAAUAGUAAUACUACCGUUUCCUCUAUGGAGGAUUCCUCUGACCCGAAUAAGCAGGCAAGAAAGCAGAAGAGAAAAGAUAAACAUAAAAGCAAACAUAAUAUUUCAUCAGAUACAGAAAAAUCGCCAAACAAGGAGCAUAAACGGAAACGUAAGAAAAAAUUACACGGUCAUGACUCUGAAAAUCCACAUGAAUGCAGUGGAGUUAGCAUUCCAAAAAUUAAAAUCAAGUUUAAAACGUUGCCACUACCAGGCGAAGUUACGCCAGAGGCUCAGUUUUUUUACGUAUCAGCCGAUAUGGUGCGUUCAGCUGAAGAGGCGUCACGCCCUACUUCCGUUGAGACUGUAGAAGAUCUAACACCAAUUUUAUCAGAAGAGAGCCAUGUGGAGAGAGGCAAAUCAGGAACAACAGUUAAUAAUUCACCAGAUGCAACAGUCAUGAAAGUCCCGCUCAUUACCCGUAAAACCAGCCCAAGAAAAACAGCUGGUAAAAGAAAUUUGCAAUUGGCUCACUCAAAAUCUGUCAUAAUGACUCAAUCUUCGUCAAGUCUUGAUUGCUGCAUUUGUAAGGAAGUGGGUGCGAGCAGCAAUAUUGUAACUUGCGAUGAGUGUCGUAAGCACUAUCAUUUUAAAUGCUUAGACCCACCGCUGAAAAAAACACCAAAAAUACGCGGUUACUCAUGGCAUUGUGCUGAUUGCGAUCCUACAGAUGAGGAGAAAAAAUUAUAAUUUUUACCAUUGAUGAGAA